GCAAAGCUGAAGGAGAACCUUGGUUCGGCGAGAUCUACUGCCGCCAGCUUCACAUCCGAGUUUGAUUCCACCUUCCAGGGCUUCGCCGACAGCUUCGUGCAGGCGCUGUUGAAGAAACUCCCGGAGGACAAGAAGGAGACUCUGGGCGCCAACAUCCAGAACUCUGCCGAGACCUUGACCGGCAAGGUGCACGAUCUCUGCGAGGACGUCAGCAAGCUGCUGAACGGCGCCAGCAGCGGCCUGGAGCACAGCGCCCUCAGCGUGGAUCCGAAGCUCGGGGCGGCCAUGGAGGCUUGGGGAUUUUGGGGGGUUUUGGGGGGUUUAAAGGGUUUUGGGGUUUAG